AUGGCCACGUUCGCCUGCUGCCCAUAUCCGGCAUUCCGGGGGCGUUUCGGAUGGUCGCCACUGGAGAGCGGCCGCACCCGAGGAAGGGCCGUGUCGGAGGACCCGGAGCUCACUCGCCGCGCCACGGGCGCCAGAAAGGACACCGAUCUCGGAGAUGGACAGCCGAUCUCGGAGCGGUCGAGGAGGACUCUGGAGUCUCCUGCCCCCGUCUGGGAGGAGGACGAGGAGUACUACGAGCUCAGCCCGGAGCCUGAGUUCGAGCGGGACGCCUCCCCCUACCUGAGCUCCGAGGCGGAACCCAUCCCAGAUCUGGAGCCCACCAUGGGCUCGUACCCGGCCCCUGAGCGCGAAGAGGAGGAGGAACCGGACAUCGAGAUUGACCCCGAUCUUGACGCUGACCUCGAGGUUGACCCGGACAGAGAGCCCUCCGCAGAAGCGGAGCAUGAGCCAGAGGUGAAGGCCAGUUCUGAACCUACAGACGAACUCUAUCCAGAACAUGAUGCAGAGGAAGAGGGCUACCCGGAGCACGAGCAGGAUGCUGAGCACGAGGCUGUGCCUGACUGCGAGCGCUUUGGUGACGAUGUUGGGGAGGACGUACGUUUCGGGUCACCACCGGCCCAGGACCAACUCGCGGAAGAUUGCAAGGAUGCUGGUGCGUCGCUCGACCAAGACGAUCAGGCGCAGGACGCGUGCAAUGUCGUGGAUCAAGUGGUCACCAUGCCGGCCCUGGACGACGAGCCUCGGAGCGACGCCAGCGACGGCAGCCGAGCCAAACUGACACAGAUGAAGUCAGAGGCUGCGCGGCGGUUAGACGACCUGGAGAAGCUGAUUGACGAGCACCAGGAGAUCGUCGAAGAGCUGAAGCGGACGGAGAGCAGUCAGGGCAGCCUGGUGGACCUGGGCGACAAGUCUCCGUCUCCGCUCCCCGGAUCGAAGGAGACGCUUGGUGACCGGGGAGACGACCAGGAGACGGAGCCGGAACCGGAGGCGGAGCCUGAGCCCGAGCCGGAACUGGAGCCCGAGCCUGAGUCAGAGCUGGAGCCUGAGCCGGAGCUGGAGUCGGAGUUGGAACUGGAGCUGGAGCCAGAGCCGGAGCUGGAACCAGAACCAGAGCCGGAACUGGAACCAGGGCUGGAGCCGGAGCCGGACCAGGAGUAGGUUCAGGUGACGGCGGAGAGGGAGUGAAGGCGGGCUGUCUCGGCGGGGCUCCCAGCUCUCGUCAGGGCAGCUCCGGUUCGUCAUGUGCUGCCGCCGGCGCGGCCCGCGCCCCACGCUGUCGCGUCGCGCGUCUCUAGGGAUGUCCGAGCCCAAAGCGCGGCGGGACAGAAGUCCGGGGCCCGCACGCUACGGUGUGGGACGCGGCGCGAGCGAGGCGCGAGGUCGGUGGGGUCCGGGUGGGACGCGAUGGACCAUAGCUGCAUGUUGGCCGUCCCGUGUUGAGAGCGUGUGCAUGGCGUCAGAUAGGGAUGUCUGGCAGUGGGCAUUGUCCGACGGCAGCCCGUGAGCGGCGGCCUGCAUCUGAUGGAAUCGGAUACGGGCGCGUCACGGCGGUUCAAAUCUGGUCCAGAUCCACCUCACCGAUCGCCAAUCAAUGCCAACAUACCACAGUCGCCCGACGCCAGUAUAGACCUGCUUCUCCAAAGAAGAGAACCGUGCGUCAUUGGACACUUCCAGGUUCGUUUCCAAACACAAGGUGCCGAACCCCAAACGACAAUAAGUCGGAUAUCUGAAAUUUUACGCCGUGUCACCUUUUCAAAGCUGCAACAAUUGUUCCAUUUUCAACUGCGUAUCAGAAAAUACGUAGUAGCUAUGCGGCAACCGACCGUCAGAUAUGAGCGGCUCAAGUUACCGACGAUGGGGCGCGCGCUUUUCUCCUCUGGGACGAUAGAGAUGCCCUGCGACGCGGGCGGCCCGACACACAUCCUCCACACCAGUUGUGAUACGACGUAGGUUCACUGCAGCUGCGGAGCCAUGAUCCCGUCUAGACGGUCCUCCGGACGGCUGGCGGGCGGUGACUGUGUCGUCGAAUUCGCCGCGUAGUAUCACCACGAAGCCCUGCCACUUGCGGCGGUUGUCAGCUGAGCGGAUCGCGUCGGAGCUCAGCAGGCCUGCGGGUGUCUCUUCUCGGGAGCGAUCACACGCCCGCCAGCGGGUGGCGACGCGCUACCCCGCCAGGCUGAGGUUUACUAUUUCAGCCAUUUCAGCGGCAAUAACGACUGCGACGCGUCAGCUGACGUUGCCAUGGCGACACGACGCGUCAAUGACGGAGUUGCGAGCCGCCGUGCAACGCCGCGGCGAGUGAGCGUGCGCCUGUGCAUCCAUACCCGUGUCGAUGCUGUGUAUAUUUUCGAUAGUGACGCUGACACGGCGUCGUCGGAGUGUUUCGGCGCGGGCAGCGGGCGCGCUGUGUUUUGGAGCUCCGAACCCGCACCGAUGCCUGUCUUCCGUCGGUUCCGGUGACGGCGAGCACUGUACUGGCAGUCAGCUCCCGGUCAGCAUUCAUGCUACCCUGUACCAGCGCGUCAUCUAUAUGAACAAUAAAACAUCACAAAACAUU